AUGAACCAGCUGGAGAGAGAUGAAAGUCUGAAAGAGGUGGAUGUAGUGGGAGUAUGUCCCACUGAAUACAGGGUAACACAGAAAGGUUGGAAAUCAUCACAGUUCACAAAGAGCAAGGAUCUUCUGGGAUGUUCUGAUCGCCAUGACUACAGAAUAUCUCUUCAGUCGACACCAUUCCGCUUGCCUGAUGCAAUUCAAUCCCUGCCCUUGCUAAAGGGAAGCCACAAGUGCACCCAGAUUGUAGACAGAGAAGGUUUUGUUCAGUCCUCAACGUGUACAGAGUCACUUGUAUUCAGGCCAUUCUCCAAACAUGAGGCAGGUGCCAGAACAGAGAUCAACCAAAAGUUGACAUAUACCACAACAUCAGCUGCCUCAGUGAGAUUAAACGACCCUGUGACAAGCAAGACAACACUUCUGUUUGAGCACAAGCAGGCACUAGUCAGCAGUGACCAAACUCUGUGGUCUGCUAGGCAAAAACUGACAGAACUUUGUCGCAUCACAGUUCAGGACAUUCUGCCUGAAGUUCCUGGUCUCUUCGCUGACUUGGUUUAUCUUAUGAGAGGCCUAGAAAGCAAACAGCUGUUGGAUCUAGCAGACAGAGUGCAAAGAGGAAAUAUAUGUGAAGACAAUAAGAGGAAAGCUCAAAAGUUCUUCCAGGAUGCUCUGCCCAUGGUAGGAACAUCCGACUCAAUUGAGGUGAUGACUAGCAUGCUGUUAUCACAGGAGAUAACUGGCACACAAGCAGACGUAUGGAUUACUUCCCUUCAUUUUGUUCAGAAUCCAAAAGAGACUAUGCUGCCCCAUCUUAAGAAUCUGCUGCUGUCAGAAGCUCAUCGAAUGUCAUCACUGCUGCCAAUAACAACACUUGUGAACAAGUUUUGCCGAAGCCAGUCAAGAUGUUCUUCACUACCUGAAGUUCAGAACAUUGUCGAUAUCUUGAAUGAUAUUUUAGGAAGCAACUGUCAGUCAGUGGAGCAAGAUCUGCUUUUAAUGACCCUUAGAGCUGUAGGAAACUUGGGGUUUUCGGAUUCCCUGGCAUCAACACUUGAGAAAUGUGUGAAAAACACUGAUGCUGCAGUAAAUACCAGAGUUACAGCUGUUCAAGCUUACAGGGGACUAUCUUGUGGUGUUGACAGAGGAACUGUUAUGGAUACAUUUGUAAACACCAAUGAGGAUUCUGAGUUGAGAAUUGCAGCCUACCUUGCAAUAAUGCAGUGCUGGGAUGAAAGGUUCUUAACAGAGAUUAAAAAUGCCCUGAAAAAGGAGGAAAUCAACCAAGUAGGGUCAUUUGUCUGGACCCAUCUGACCAACCUCAUGGAGUCAUCCAGUCUUCACAAGCAGGCACUGAAAGAUAUACUGAAUGAUGAAUAUCUGGAAAAAGAAUUCAAUAUGGACCGCCGCAAAUACUCAAGAAAUUAUGAAACUUCAUUCUUUUCUGAAAAGUUUGGGUUAGGAGCUACAGGAGAAAGCAACAUAAUUUGGUCGUCUAAAUCAUUCUUGCCAAGGUCAGCCAUGGUUAACUUGACUGUUGACAUACUGGGACAUUCAGUCAACCUCUUUGAGAUUGGAGGUCGAAUACAAGGUCUAGAAACACUGAUUCAAAACUAUUUUGGAGCUGAUGGUGUAUUCAAAGGGGGAGAGAAGCAGAAGAAUAAUGUCCCUUCCCGCUGCGUGAAACAGGAGAAAAUGGACAGCAUGAAGAAGAAGUUUGCAGUCGACAAGGAUGAACUAACUGCUUCACUAUAUCUGAGAAUGUUUGGGAAUGAAAUAGCCUUCCAUCAUUUCAAUGAAGAUGAACUAAGGUCACUAAAAAAUAAAUUCAGCGGCAAGGACAUUUUGGAUUCAUUUACCAAAGGUCAGGACAUUUCCUUCACCCAAAGUGCCAUGUUCAUGGAUUCAAGUGUGUCUGUGCCAACAGUAGCAGGUAUUGCAUUGACCCUGAGCAUUAAUGGAACAGCUACUGUGGAGCUGAUUGCCAGCAGCAAAAUGGACUUUAGAAAGUUUACUAUGAAAAAGAUGGAAGCAAAUUUUGACAUUAGACCCAGUGGAGCAGUGCAACUGUCUUGCAUGAUGAGCCUCAAUGCAGGCAUCACAAGAGCUGGCCUCAAAAUGGUAACAACCCUACACUCCAGCACAUCAGCCUCUGGCAGCAUGGAUCUUACCAAUGGCCAAGUGCUUAGUGUGGACUUGGACACACCCAAAAGAAACAUGGAAAUUAUUGAUGUCAAGUCAGAAUUUUUCUUGAUUCACAACAAGGCAGAAGCCAAGCAGCAAGUGGCAAAAAAUCAGGUCACCAAGAGGUCUUGUUCUCCUGAAUCUGUGCUGAAGGUUCUGGGCUAUGAGUUGUGUGGUGCAGUGUCAUUCAUCAAUGCUACUAGCGAUGAUAGCGCACCAUAUUUUCCCCUAACAGGACCUGUUUCAAUAAGUGCUACUAUUCACAAAAAAGAUGCUCCAAAAGGAUUUAGGCUUCUUGGAAAGCUUAUUCACAACAAGGCAACAUCAAUAGCCCAGCUGUCAUUUGACACCCCAGGAUCCUUGGUGGAAAGGGCUAUAAACAUUGGCUACUUCCUUGACACUCAGGUCAGGUCUGCGGAAGUUGAACUGAGCUCUCCAUGGAAAAAAGUCCUGGUAAAAGGAUCAUACACUGUUGAACCAAAAACAAGGAAGCUGUUAGCAACUGUCCUAGACGAUGGAAGAGAAUAUACUUUGCAGAUUCAGCUAGACGAAGAUAAGCAAAAGAAGAAGACUGUCUACACUCCAACACUGGAAAUUUCCAGACCACGAGAUUCUAAACUGUUGUCAAAGGCACCUGAGAAGUUGAGCAUCGGAGGAACCGUAACUGUAGAAGAUGAUUACAGUGACAUUUCGGGUGUUGUCAGCAUCAAGUCCGGUCUUGAACCAGACCCUAUUGAAUUGAAAGCAAACUAUGUCAAUAAAGAGAAGCAAAACACAAUAUCAGGAUCCUUAACUCUAAACCAAAAAAGGGUGUAUUCAGCUACAUUCCAAGUUGUGAAGGACAUUGCAAAAGGCAAACUUUUAUCUGGAAAAAUUGAGCCAACCAUUCUUAUCUCAAUUCCUUCAAAGCGGCUGUUCCUGCUGUCAGGUGUGGUUGACUUUAAGGAGGAAAAGCUCUUCAAGACAGAUAUUAAAAUUACAAUGGAUGAGACUUUGAAACAGCCCAUCAUUUUGGAUACAAAAAUAACGAAGCAGAAAAAGAAGACUAACAAUCGCUUCAGCACGGACACAACCCUUGCUUCACAGUUUGGAACAUUCAAAGUCAAAGGAUCCUUUGAAACAUCCUCUAGCCCAAACAGAAAAGACCCACUCUUUAAUAGCAAAGUUGCAGUUGAAUAUAAUCUCCCAGUUUUGGCAAAUAAGGCCUUGCAAAAGAACAAGCUCAACUUCAAUGCAAAAGUGCAGGAUAAAAGUUCCAACAAGCUAAAGAAAUAUGAAGUUGCUAUAAACAUGGACAGCAAAAACUACCAAGACGCUAGCUUCAUUUCCAAUUUUGAAGUCAGCAGAGAGGAAUCCUUCACAAAAGCCCUUGUGGCAUUGAAAACAGGACCAAAAGCCAAGUUUACCAACGACAAGACCCAUGAGCUAAGACUGGAACUAUCCAUCAACCACAAGCUUGAUAAAGAUUCUGCUAAUAUUGGAUAUGGUCUGCAGGUUCUUUACCCUGUCCAGAACAUCGAGUAUGAGAUCAAAGGAAAGCAUGAGCAUCACCUCAAGAACAAGUUCUCCUUUGAGACAUACAAUGCAGUUGUCUUUGGUAAAGGAAAGAGUGUAGAGCUUAGGAUCCUGGGAAAUAGCAACAGCAAGAAAGAUGACAACCUAGAUGCUUCUGGGUCACUUGAACUGAAUUUUCCAGCAUUUGAGAUUAAUGGUAGGAAAUACAAUAGCAGAAUGUACAAGCUAGGUACAUCCAUCGCCCAAAAUUCUGACAAGGAAUACAUUCACACUGUUAAUCUACAGGUCAACGAUGACAAGCAUACAUUAGUCACAAAAUUUAAACGUCAAAAACAUAGCCAGUUUGACUUCUACUCUCAGCUUCAUGUAACUAGAGAUCCUCCUUUGAAGCUGACUCUGAUUGCUUCUCGUGACACUGAGAAUAUAAAAGGAUCUGCAGAGUUUUUCAUGAAUGGGGAUGUUUACUAUGGUGCUUUGAAUUCAGGGAUAAUUGGAGACAAGUAUCAGUCUCUUUCUUGGGACUUUGUUUGGCCAGAGAGACGGAUUAAAGGCUCCUUAGAAGCUGGUCAGAAGCAAGAGCCAAAUACCAUGAUGAAAUUUGAAAUUUUUUGGGAUGCGGACAAAGAUAUUACAAAGAAAAUUACAGCCGAUCUUAACUAUUCUUUUGAUAAUGGAAAACGGGCUCAGAAAACUGAUUUUAGCAUUACUAUCACCACUCCAUUUGAGAAUCACAAGAUCUACAGCUACAAGAGACUAGCUGAGUUGGCUGUCCGGGAACUGAAGGAUGAAUUCAAAAUUAUUUGGCAGAAAGCAGAAAAUGAAUGGUCCUAUUCCUUUUGGCUUUUCCUACCCCCAUCCUUAGAAAAGUUUGAAAUGAAAUCCAGAAUAAUAACCCCUUUAGACAGUUUGAGAAAAUUUGGCUUUGACAUUAAUCACAAGUUUGAUGGGUCUCGUUACUUAUCAUCCACGGUAAAAGGAGCAUACAAUGACGAUGAGAUGACUGUGUCAGUGCUAAUAGCCAACACUGGGGACAAGGUGAGAAACAACUUGGACAGCUCAUUCACCAUCAUUUCUACCUUGCCCAAAUACAGAAAUGUAGUCCUAAAAGUCAGACACAAUGAUGAUGGUAGAGUAUACUCCACAGAGCUCUUGUACGAAAGAAAUUCAGAACAAUACAAAGCCACUUUUUAUACCACUUACUUCAGACUUCACUAUCACCUGCAUGUUGAUUCAAAGUUGGAGCUGACCAUUCCAACAGAGAAGCCAAUUGUUUUCACAUGGGUGCAUGCCAACACACUGACAAAUCUCAACUCAACAGUCACUCUGAACUGGAAACCAGAAUAUGACACCAAGUUAGAUGUAGGUGUCAAAUUCAACAAAGCUGAGAAAGAUUAUGCAUUGGAUGUUGCUAUCUCUGGGCCAUGGAAGGAAUUUAAAGACUUUGAAAUUCAGUACAGACACAACAUGAUGAUGGAUAUAUUAGGCUCUUACUAUAUGCGCAUCAACAAGGACCCCAAACUGACAGUCAGAUCCACAUACAAAUACACAAGUUCGGAUUUAAAAUGGGAUUACGAUUAUUCGAAUGGAAAUUACAAGGGAGCUCUCACGGCUCGGUUUGAGCACUAUCCUUACACUGUUCUGUUUGAGCAGACAUUGGCUGGUGUGGACGACAACAGGUGGGAAGAGAGGAAAAUUGUUUUUGAUGGAUCUGUUGACAAAACCUAUUCUGAUGGCUGGUCAGCCAAUGCUAAGUUAGUGACUCCAUGGAAUGAAGUUAGAAAUGUAGAUAUUCGUGGAAAUCUCCAGAAAACCUCCCAGUCCCAGUGGAAAUUUGAUUCCGUGGUUAUGCUCGGUGUUCGUAAACAGAUAACAGUAGACUUCACCGUGGAUACAGCUGAGUGGUCAGAGAUGAAUGCAUUGAUUAAAACACCAUACAAAGAGAUGAACAGUUUGAGCUUUGGGUUCUCAAAGGAAACCGUUGACAAACUGUAUAGUUCAGGAGCAUAUAUUGAGAUACUGCCACUCUUCAAGAAGGUCAUUGUGGAACAGUCAGUAUCCUUUGAACCUGAUUUCACCUCCAGAUAUUACAUUGACCUCCCAGAGACUGAUAUCAAAUUUAUUGAGAUCAAUGUUUACCAUGCUGAGCAAAGAAGAGGUUACAACACAGUAGUUAAGGUCAACUAUUAUCCAGAGAAAGAACUGAGCUUAAAUUUCAAUGGAAAAUUCAAUAAAAAUAAAUUUCCAGAAAACACAAAAGUCUUGCUGGAUCUUGUAACUCCAUUUGAUGUUGUUCCUGCAGUGAGUAUCACCGGUGAGUUAGACAAAAACCAAGGAAAAUGGGUGGGUCUUUUUGAGAUAACAUCAGAAACCAAGGGAUUUGAGCAUCUGAAAAUCACAAUGGUGCAUGCGGCCACUAACUCCUCCUGCUACAAUGACUUUCAGGUGGAGUCUUCUUUAGCAGAGACAAUCGAUAUUGGAAUGCAUUUUGACUGGGGAGACAUGGCAGCAGUAAAUAUCACCCUGAAUGCUCCUAGUGUCAGUCGGGCUAUGAUUGGAUUCAAGCAGAAUUCAAAGUCCUGGACUGAUUUUCAGCAUAAAGUAUUUGCGGAAAUUGUUGGAUACAACUUGGAUAUGGAUGUCGGUCUUAAACAUGAUGAAGAUGUCACAAAAGUCUGGCUUUUAUAUGCAUACCCUGGAGCCGAUCACAGCUAUCUGAAAACAUCCAUCCAUCGCAUUGGUAAUUCAGCCAAUGACUUUGAUGUUGGGGGUUUCCUUCAAGUGGGAAAAGACUCUAAGCCUUACAAUAUCUCUAUGCAGUAUGCAAUGCUGGAUACCAAAGUUGCCAUUGGUACAACUCUGGAGACACCUUUCACGAAAUCUCUCUCGUACUAUGUGAAAAAUGAAAAAAAGGAGGAUGAUGAGUACGUCACAGUGUUGUAUGGGAAAUAUGACACAGGAUACUUAGUUGACUCCUCUUCAGCUCAAAAAAUAUCUGACAAAGCAGUUGAAUUUAGCACCAGAAAUGAGUAUCUCUUUGAUGGCAAAGGUCAUAAAAGUGGCACUAAAGUUUCUGCCUCUUGGUCUGAACAUGAACAAGAAGCUGAGGUUGAGGCUUACUAUAAUGAUCACUGGGCUAGAACACAGGUGAUUAGAAAAGCAGAAAUUCCAAAAGAGUCAGAAAGGACUGAGAAAUUUGAUAUUUUGUUGUUCACACCAUACACUGACUACAAAGAUAUCGGCAUGCAUGUUACACUUAAUAUUGAAAACAGCAAGUACCAUGGAACAUGCAGUUUUGAAUACAUGGAUGAGCAUGAAGCUUUGCUGACAUAUGGUCUGACCAUUCCAAAUGAUAAUGAAGCCAACUUGGAAGCAGCCUUACUGAUACCGAUUGAAAACUACCAAAGAAAUACUCUCAACUAUCAUCAUACUACAGAUAAAAAUCAGUUCAUUGCUGAUGCAGAAAUCAUCACUGGGAAGGGUGAGCACCUGACAGGAAAGAUAGAGUUCAAGAACAAUGAAGAUUACAUUAUAACUCUAACAGGACCAGUUGAGCAGUUCAAAUCCCUAGUAUUAUCUGGAAAAUACAAUGAAAAACAAAAGAAAGUCAAUGGAAAGGCUCAACUGAUUUUGGCUCUAAAUUCUAUGCCCGCUGUCCUGGAAUAUGACAUUGCAAUCAACAACCAUCCUGUAACAAUGAAUUUCAAACUGAAAAGUCCAUAUGAAAAUGUACAGAAUGCAAACCUGGUCAUUGAGCAUGAAGGUCAAGAAUGGAAAAAUUUCAGAAAUAAAGCCAUCCUGACCUCUGAGAGAAUUGGUGAAAUCAAAAGUGAAACCACAUGGAAGUUUGGUUCAGUUACCAACAUGGAAGGUAAAACUGUGCUCACAAGUUCCCUCAAAAACAUGGAGAAUCUCAAAUUUGAUUUCAGCACCAGCGACUCUAGUGGCAGCCAGGUAUCCUAUGUUAAAGUUGGCUGGCGUGAAGACAAAGAGAUUGCAUUGAACAACAGCUGGAAUCUGAAAAAGGCAGGUGAAAACACAAAGUUCACUACCAGCUUGGGAAUGUCAACUCCAUUCAAUGAAGUUAAGACAACAAACAUUAAGCUUUCUCAUAGUCACACAGAUCAGAUGUUCAGUGAAGGUGUUGCACUCUCUCAUAACGGUCAGACUUACCUAGAUGCUGAUCUCAGCUACCAGUAUUCGGGUAAAAAUGAAGCCAUUGUUGAAAUCAGAAACCCUAGACCAAUGACACUUGUAGUUACUGGAUCAGCAACAAAAGAGCUACUCGACGGUACCAUUAAUUUCAAAUGGGAUAAACGCUCACCUGAAGCCCAAAUUGAGAUCAUUACCAGUCUUGCUGACAGAUCUGAGUUCUCGAACAUUGACAAGGAGUUUAAGUUCAAGGCCAUUCACCCAGUAAGAAUCAUGGGAAUAGAUUGUUCCUACAAGAAAGCCAACAAUGAAAUCAUCAGCUCUGGUCUGAUUACAUGGGAUGAACAGAAUGGAAACACUUUCUCCUAUGAUCUGGCUUGGAUCAAUCGCACAUCAGUUUACAGCCAAAUGCAUGAAGGUCAUGUCAAGUUAGGUGUUCCUCAGCGCAGUGUCAAAGUUCAAGGCUCCUACUCUGAUUCAGGCUCCAGCAUAACUACCAGCAGUGCAGUCUGGUGGGACGCUGACAGAGAUGAAAAGAAGAAGGUAACCAUGAGUACCAAUGUAGAGACCAGAGAAAAUCUCAAACGGGUUGGACUGAACAUUAAUUUGCCUUACAUUAACAAGCAACUUAAUCUGGAUGGAACCACAAGAGAAAACUAUGGAUCAACAAUUUCAGACAGUCGAGCAGAAAUUUCUUAUUCAUCUGACCCCAGGAAAUUGAUUGUAGUGACAUCUAAAAUCAGUAACUCAGAAAUCAGUUCACCUACCAACUAUAAUUAUACCAUUGACAUUGGAUUUGAGCAUCCAGUCACUGACAUUGACCUGAAGCUGUCAUCUCACUUGGCUCAUGUAGACAGCGUUUGUUCAGCAGGCAGCCAGUUGGUUUUUUUGACAGUCAACAAAGAAAAGAAAAAUCUGGCAUUCUGGACAAAGCUGGACAGAGCUCAGAAAAAUCUGCAAAUAAAGGUCGUCACUCCACUGAAGACUGUUGGUGUCGAAGGUCAAAUGAACAGCCUUCCUAAUCAACAUCACAUGUUCCUGAAGAGCUAUGAAGACAAUAAGCAGGCCCUUAAACUUGAUGUGAUUGUGGAUUCUAGAAGACGCAACCUAGACAUCGAGUUUAAUUAUGAUCAAGACGAUCCCAGCAAACUAGUGAAAUUCACUGGCCAUUUUGUAAAUGACAGUGCAUUACGCAUAGAUAUGAUUACCCAAGAUGGAAGACAGACAAGCUCAGAAAGCAUGAUAGCAGUACGGCUGAACACAUCUAACAUACUGCACACACGUAUACUCUGGAAGCCCAAGCUUCUGCAUGAGAUGCAGACUUUUGUUGGUACAAAAGUUACUGCAUUCUCCUAUACAGCAAAUGAAGCUUUCUCCAAUGCUGUAGAUUCAGUUGGCUCUGAGGUCAAAGCUAAGUACCAGCUGAUCUCCAGUGAACUGCAGUCAGAAAUUUCUCAUGUGUUCAAACUUAUGGACAAGGAAAUGGAAAGCCUCAGUGUCCAGAUGGAUACACUGAAAACAGAGUUCCGUCGAUUCUAUCAACGAAAUGAUCUUUUCAUCAGAGAUAUGGGAGAGCAAAUGAAAUCUGCAUUUGAUGAACUAACAGAACAAAUUCAAGGACUUGUCAGAAGCUAUGGCUCUUACCGUGCCGCUAUUACAAAGGCAACUAAUGAUUGGUUAGCAAUUCUUAGAGCUUAUCCAAUUGCUCAGAAAUAUGCCUUGGCCAUUGAGCAGCUUACAGCAGGGUUAAAGAACUUGCGGCAGGUUCUGGAAGAGGCACUAGAUGAUGUUGCCACAGAACUGAAUCAGUUCUCAGCUGUAUCUUACAGACAGUACCUGGAAAUUUCAAGAGCCAUUGACCGAAAAUUGAGUAGUUAUACUAGGUCUCUUCAAGAACUACCCAUGUAUCGCAAAAUGAUGGAACAGAAAUCCCGUAUGGAGCAGCUGGGUGUGAAAACAUGGCCAGAAUGGACACAACUCUACAACACCUUAUACUUGAAGGGACAGGAAAUGCUGCAGGAUCAGUAUCACGAUAUCAUGUCUCGGCCAGAAUUCCAACAUAUGCAUGCCGUAGCUAGUGAGAUUCACCAACAGAUUACACACUGGAACAUGGAGCAGACCAUGGAUGCAGGAGUUAAACGCAUAAUUGACCUGAGCAAGAAUCUCAUACUGAUGGAACUUAUGAAACUGAGAAGUUACCUGGUUGAUUUUGAAAAAUCACGAGUCAUUGUGUUUGACCCUGAAAGAGGAGAGCUCCAGUGUGAGAUUCAUCUACCCAUUCCACUGAAAUCCUUGACUGAGGCACCAGAAAUUAAGGUUGACAAAUAUUUCAACAGCAUGCAAAAAUGGGUGCAGAUUAAUGUGCCAUCAUUCAACUACAGCAUCUGGGAUACAUAUUACGAUUAUGUUCCUUCUUUAGAGCUUCCUCCAUUUGAAGCAUCAGCAUAUCUUAUCGGUGGCCAGCACUACAUUACCUUUGAUGAAACUCAUUUUGACUUCUCGAGCACAUGCAGUCACGUCUUGACACGAGAGCUGAUCAGUGACAAUUUCUCUGUAGUUGUUAACUACGAAUACAGAUCCCAGGGUGAUGGUGUCAAGAGCUUAUGCUUCUCUAUAGAGAAUUCUCUGACAUUUGAAAUUUUUACAAAUUAUAAGCUGGAAGUCAACAACCGUGAGACGGAAAUGCCAUUUAUCAGCGACAGAGUCAAGAUUGUCAGAGAAGGGGACUUCAUCCAUGUGGAGUAUGCUGGUGGCCUUGAAGCCUUGUGCAAUCCCCAACUUCAGCUCUAUAAGAUAACAGUCAAAGACUGGCAUCACGGCCAUGUGGCUGGACUACUUGGCACCUAUGACAAAGAAGCAUCUAAUGACAAACUGACCAGUCAGAUGACACAAGAUUUCGAGGUCAACCGCAGAUCUUGUGCUAGCAAAAAUGUGGCCCUCAGCCCUGAUCCUGCUCUUGACCUGGACAAUAUGUGUACGCAAAUAUUUGAUGACUCAUCAUCCAAGUUCAGACCUUGUUUUAAGCAGGUCGACCCAGCAGACUUUGUGCGGAUGUGUCAGAUCUACAUGAAAAAGAUGACUGACAAUGAAGCCAUUCACUUGGUCACUGAGCAGUACAGAUAUGUAUGCCAAGGUCAUGGUGUCUACAUUGGACCUCUCAAGGAUUAUAUUCCAUGUAAUGGUGAGAACUCCUUUAUUGUGGAAGGCAGUGAUCCAAUCUACCAAUCGGCCGAUGUUCUGUUUGUGGUAGAAGACAGUGUUUGUAACCAGUGGGCAGCAUCAUCCCUUAGUUCAGUUGUGUCAGAGAUUAACAAUGCCUUGACAAAUGAAGGCUUUAGAGACAACAAGUUUGGACUGCAGGGAUACGGAGGUGUAGUUUCCAAAGAUGUGUCAGUUCGGACAAUUAAUGGGCAUCAUUUUGGAGAGGCAUCACUAUUUUUGAAAGCAGCAGAGACACUCAGACUUGCAGACAACACUGAUCCUGGAGAUCUUGCCAGUGCUGUCAGGUCAGCCAUGGCCUACCCAUUCAGACCUGGAGUUGCAAAG